AUGAAUACUACUGAUAAAUACUAUGGUAACAUUGCCACAAUUGUUGGCCUUGGACUGAAAAACAUUGCAGAACGUACACACGAAGCCAUUACCGGCAGUAAUAGUGCAAUAUAUCCACAGUGCGGUUGUGUAGAAUCGGAACAAAAAGACAACGACGCACAAGGGCCAGACGCCAACACUAAUGCAGAACCGUCUCAUAUCACAAGCGAAUCAAGAAAUAACAUUGACUCAGUUGGACAAUUGCGUUCUGAUAACCAGUACGUCGGUAACAGCGAUAAAAUUAUUUCAACUAGCGGUAAUAUGGUGGAAACACCUACAUCGUCCUAG